UCUAUAUAAACUGUCUUCUAUGCAGAGGAAGCCAAUGCAUAUGAUUUAGUUUACUGUUAUAUAUCCUAUGAUUUCAGUUAUGUUAGGUGACAUUCUUGUUUUAUUAUCAAUCAAUAAGCACUAAAGCAGCCCCACACGUCCACACCAUUCCUCCCUCCUAAGCAUUUAUAUACUUUCUGCCUCAGCUUUUUCCUCCAAAUUGAUUCAAAGAGCCAAAAAAAGGAGGAAAAAAAGUGUUUCUCAUAUUUGAGACUCCACCAAAAAAGAUGAAGAGUUUAGAAUUAUUACCACUUCUUUUAAUCAUUUCUGUUCAGCAAAGCUGUUUGUGGGCUUCAGGGAAAGCUGAUGGGGAUGGGUUCAUAAGAACAAAUGGAAUCCAUUUCAGUGAGAAUGGGUACCCUUUCUAUGCCAAUGGAUUCAAUGCUUACUGGUUGAUGUAUGUGGGAUCAGACCCUCCCCAGAGGUUCAAAGUUACAGAUGCCUAUAAAACUGCAUCUUCACAUGGCCUCACUGUUGCUAGAACUUGGGCUUUUAGUGAUGGUGGUGCUUACAGGCCUCUUCAAUACUCUCCUGGUUCUUACAAUGAAGAUAUGUUCAAGGGGUUAGAUUUUGUGAUAUCGGAGGCAAGAAAGUAUGGGAUUAAGUUGAUAUUAAGCUUAGCAAACAAUUAUGAUAGCUUUGGAGGAAAGAAACAAUACGUGGAAUGGGCCAGACGUGAAGGGCAGUCCCUCUCAUCUGAUGAUGAUUUUUUCAGGAACCCAGUUGUUAAGGGCUACUACAAGAACCACAUAAGGUCUGUGCUUAACAGAGUCAACACGUUGACUGGAGUUGAGUAUAAAAAUGAUGGGACUAUCAUGGCUUGGGAGUUGAUGAAUGAGCCCAGAUGCACCUCUGAUCCAUCGGGAAAUACCAUUCAGGCUUGGAUAAGGGAGAUGGCCUAUUAUGUGAAGUCUAUAGACAAAAACCACAUGCUAGAAGCUGGGCUGGAAGGGUUUUAUGGUCAAACAACACCUCAGAGGACUCAUCUCAAUGCCUUCAACAUAGGAACAGAUUUCAUUGCAAACAACCAAAUUGCAGCCAUUGAUUUUGCCACUGCCCACUCCUAUCCUGAUCAAUGGCUUCCGAAGACAAAUGAUGAAAGCCAGCUAACAUUCCUCACCGAUUGGCUUAAUGCCCACAUCGAAGACUCUCAGUACAUUCUCAAGAAGCCAUUGCUCAUCGCCGAGUUCGGGAAAUCUUGGAAGGACCCCGGCUUCACCCCCUACCAGAGGGAUGCCCUCUUCAGGGCUGUCUACUACUCCAUAUACUCCUCCGCCGAGCGCGGCGGUGCUGCCGCCGGAAGUCUGUUCUGGCAACUUUUGGCUGACGGAAUGGAAAAUUUCCGCGAUGGGUAUGAGAUUGUAUUGAGCCAGAGCACUUCCACUGCAAAUUUGAUAUCUCAGCAGUGCCACAAGCUUUCCCAGAUCCAUAGGAUUUUCGCCAGAAUGGCGAGUACUGAUAAGUUGAAGAGGGCCAACAGGGGAAAGCAAAUUGGGAAUGGGAAUUGAGAAAAACAAAAGGAAGAAAUAAAUUAUACUAGGAUCAAAAUGUAAUAGGG